CCCACACCACCUCGCUCCACAACCCCACCUCCACACCCGCAGAGCCUCACCCAAUGGCUGCGGCGCUAUGCCCAUCUGCAUAGAGUGCCGCUACCCCGUCAAAACACUGUACACCGAGUACUCGAAAGCCGAUGACCGCGCGCUGGGCAAGGGCGUGCGCUUGACACAAUGUCCGCGCUGCAAGAAGUUCGCCGACAAGUAUGUCGAGCAUGACUUUGUGGUGCUGUUCAUCGACUUGGUCUUGAUCAAACCGCAAGUGUAUCGCCAUUUACUGUUCAACCGGCUCGGUCGCGAUGACGAUAAGUUCGACCGCUCCAUCCUCCGCCUCGGCAUCCUGCUCCUCCUCUUCGACGUCUAUCUAACAUGGGCGCGCAUCGAGAAGCUUCCUCUACCGUCCCACUCACCCUACCACAACCAACUCUCCUCCGCCUCGCCCGAGCAAACCAACGCAGCAAUCCUCCAAGCCCAACCCCUGAUCUUGCAAUACCUCUUCUUCCUCCUCCUCGUCACCCUCUCAACCCUCGCUUUCCACCUCCCCAUCCGCCUCCUCACCUCCCUCAACCCACAUACCCUGCCUUCCGCCCUGCGCCCCACCUUUCAACACUUCAUCCCCCACUACCCACAUCCUACACCAUUGUCGACGGCGUUGCUGGUCAGCUCAUGUACCAAGCUCUUCCCCAUACUGUUGAUUAUUUGGGAUUAUGACCUCCCGAGUAGCGCCACGGCGGUUAGCUGGGCGGUUAUUGUCAAUAAUGUCGCAGCGCUGGAGAUCCUUAUGGAUUGUGGAUAUCUCAGGGCGGGAAUGUUGGUUGGUGUUGGAGCGGGGGCGAGGUGGGUUGUUGCGGGGAGUGUGGUUAGGG